AAAGGGGUGGGGGGAGAUAAAGCUCACUGCCAUUUCUCUUAAAGUUCAGAAUUCUCUGCACUCUGGAACAGAUCGUUUCUACCUGGAGUUUCAUUGUCAGAUAUGAAACUCCACUCCAGGCCAGGGGCCCUGUAUGGUUUGGCCCUUCUGGCAUUCCUGUGUCAUUGUGCAACAGCUGUGGAGAGACGCUAUUACAUUGCAGCUGUUAAUAUUAACUGGGACUACACAUCUGCCGGACAGCAAAGGACUGGACCAUCGUAUAAAAAAGUAGUAUACAGGGAGUACAAUGAGGGAUUCACACAGCCUAAAACACAUCCCUUGUCCUCAGGGUUACUUGGGCCGACAUUACGUGGACAAGAGGGCGACACAAUCAUUGUCACAUUCAAGAACAUGGCUGAUCAUCCCUGCAGCAUCCACCCACACGGCAUUGCUUACGGGAAGCAGUCAGAGGGAUCUUUAUACUUUGACAACACGUCACUCCUUGAGAAAGAGGAUGACGUCAUUCUCCCAGGCAAAGAGCACACGUACCAUUGGGAAGUGACAUCUGAGGUGACCCCCAUGGCUGCGGACCCCCCAUGCAUCACCUACACAUACCUCUCCCACUAUGACAUUGUCAAGGACUACAAUACAGGGUUAAUAGGCACAAUGCUGAUCUGCAAGAAAGGCACCCUAGACAGCUCCGGAAAUCAGAUUCAUUUACAUCAGGAGCCUGUGCUGUUGUUUGGAGUUUUUGAUGAGAACAAGAGCUGGUACAGCACUGGGGACCCUCCGCUGGCACAGAAUGUGAAAUACACUAUAAAUGGCUACACAAAUGGCUCUGUACCAGAUCUGGACAUCUGUGCCCACUCCAAAGUCAGCUGGCACCUGCUAGGAAUGAGCUCUGAGCCAGAGCUCUUCUCUGUACACUUCAAUGGGCAAGUCCUUCUGCAUGAUGGGCACAAAACCUCCACUGUUGGCAUCAUUAGUGGAACUGCCACUAGUGCCAGUAUGACUGGUAUCCACCCUGGACGCUGGCUCUUUUCCUCUCACAUUAGCAGGCACUUGGAAGCUGGCUUGCAUGGAUACCUAAAUAUCAGGACAUGUGAUGAGUACACAGCACCAAAAAGACGACUUACUAUCCAAGAGAAACAAGAAAGCCAAGAGUGGACUUACUAUAUAGCAGCAGAAGAGGUCAUCUGGGAUUAUGCUCCAAAUAUGGCAGAAAACAUGGAUGUGGAUUUCCGGAAAAAAUAUUUAAAGCAGGGGCCUCAACGGAUAGGUAAAAGUUACAAAAAGGCUGUGUUUACCCAGUAUAAAGAUAACACAUUUAAAGAGAGAGCGGAAGACAAGCAGAGAAAGAAGGAGCUUGGGAUUCUUGGGCCAGUGAUAAGAGCCCAAAUCAGAGAUGUCAUAAAGAUUGUCUUUAAAAACAAAGCAUCACGUCCAUAUAGUAUCUAUCCUCAUGGACUGACCAUUGAUAAAGCAGCAGAAGGAGCCAAUUAUCCUGAGGGAGGGAACCAGACACAUGGCAUUCAACCAGGAGAGACCUACACCUAUACAUGGAGUGUGUCUGAGAAAGAUGUACCAAUGGACAGUGACCCCAGAUGUCUGACCAGGAUGUACCACAGUGCAGUGGACAUUCCUCGAGACAUUGCUUCUGGUCUUGUGGGUCCUCUUCUCAUCUGUAAGAGCCAGUCUCUCAAUAAAAAGAAUGUCCAGCUAAAAGCUGACAAAGAACAGCAUGCCAUGUUUACAGUUUUUGAUGAGAACAAGAGCUGGUACCAUGAUGAGAACAUUAACACAUACUGCAGUGACCCCAAAAGAGUUAAAAGAGAUGAUCCUGAGUUUUACAAGUCAAAUGUUAUGCACACAAUUAAUGGUUAUGUUUAUGAAAGUGGCCAAGAAUUGGGAUUUUGUGAUGGUGAGAUUGUGACCUGGCACGUGUCGAAUGUUGGCGAACAAGAUUAUAUCCAGACUGCCACUUUUUAUGGCCAUACAUUUGAGCUAAAAAACAGAGAAGAGGAUAUGCUCAGUCUGUUUCCCAUGACUGGUGAAACUAUCUCUAUGAACAUGGUUAAUAUAGGUAUUUGGCUUUUAGCAUCACUGAACUCUCAUGACUCCACUAAAGGGAUGAGGAUGAAAUUCAAGGACCUUGAAUGCUUCAGAGAUUAUGUAAUGGAAUAUAAUUAUGAGUCAGAGUACACUGUAUGGAAACCUGUGUCCAUCACAGAAAUCAAAAAAGAGCCACCAAAAUUAGUAAACCCUAGCGUUGUUGAUGAGGAUACCGAUAACUAUGCAGACAUCUUAGGCUUGAGGACGUUCAAAAACGUAGUAGAUGAAGUUGAGCAAAUUGACCUUUCGGUGCUAGAUCAUGAUGAUGGUUUAUCGCCGACUGUUGAGGCAAAAAGUUUGGUCAACUUAACAGAUGAAGUUGAGCAAAUCGACCUUUCGGUGCUAGAUCAUGAUGAUGGUUUAUCGCCGACUGUUGAGGCAAAAAGUUUGGUCAACUUAACAGACGAAGUUGAGCAAAUUGACCUUUCGGUGCUAGAUCAUGAUGAUGGUUUAUUGCCGACUGUUGAGGCAAAAAGUCCAGCCCCAAGCAACAAGUUUGACAAAUCACACAAUGUUACUUUAGGAACUUUCAGUCAGACUAAAACUCAUGGUUUAUCAGCUGAGGUGGCUGGUUUGGACAAGAUACAGUCUUCAUAUAAAGUCUUGAAUGAGAGCACAGAAGAGGAUUUGCUAGACAUAGUGAGCAUUUUUGAUUCCAAUUCCGAGGACAUGUCAAACAACGAAACGGAUAUUAUCUCACAUUUUCCAGUUGUAGAGAGAAAGGUUCGUGGUCUACCAACAAAGCCAGUGAAUAAAAUUGAAAGUGUCUCCACAAACGUCACUCUGGAUAUUCAAAUAAAUGGCAACAUAGCAGAAGACAACAGUUCAUCAAUAGAGACAGAACAUGUCUCUGCUAAUACUACUCAUGCUCCAAUAAUUGAAACAAACAUCACCCACACAAUGAAUGAAACACAAAGUUUCCCCACGAAUACAAGUAUCACUUCAUCUGAUGCUCCAGAUGGUGAAAGAAAUAUCACCAUGGAGGAUAACAAAGCAUCUUUAAAUUCAUCUGAAUCAAAGCCCCUGCAAUCAAACCAAACCUUAGUAAACAAAACAGUUAUUAAAGAUGACGUUAAAAAUUGCACUGACAUAGUGGAUGGUGACCGUGAUAGUUCGGAUCACGUCUUCAUAUACAACGUGCCUAGUCCUGACUCUCUGUCAAAUAUCUCAGAGACACAAGUUGAGGAGGAUUUUGUGCUUCUGGACAGUGGUCAUCCCUUGGAAAUUCCAACAGAUUUUACGACUUUGGUGGAAUAUGAUGUCUCACUAUUGGACACAGUACAGGACAUUGAUGAACUAACUGAAAACACAACAGGGAUUGAGGAACUCAACAGCACAAAGGGGAAUUACACCAGUGAGAUGCUUUCACAGAUAAAUUCUGAAACUGAGAGCAUUUUAAGUCUCAAUUUGUCUCUUGGCCCUUUCAAUGUUUCAUUGAUGAAGAAUGGCUCAGAAAGCAAAAGUGAAGAGGAAGUGGUCAUCUAUCUGAAGAACAAUCACAGCGAGGCCAUACUCACAUCUCAUAUCGACCUAAAAGAAGAGCAUUGGGGAUAUGAGGGCAAACACGAAUUGGUUCACAUGGAGAUCCCAGAUCACAUGAACAAAUACAUUAUAGACAAAUCCGCAGCAAAUUCAAAUAAGCCAAAGAGUGAAAAGAAGGAAAAGAAAAAAAAAGUAGUUCACCAGAGGGUAAAGCCAAGAAAGGGACAUAGCAUGAAGACAAAGAAAAGGAAAGAGUAUAAGCCACAGCCACGUUCUGCUUUUUCUCCAAGAGGUUUUGGACCUUCUGUGUUGAACCCAAGGGGAACCAAGCCUGUCUCGAGUGAGAAAGACUUGAUGGAGAAGGCCAUCGUCAUAGGAGUGCCAAGACGGGACUUCGAUGAUUAUGAGUUAUAUGUUCCCAAACAAGGGCAGGAAACAGAUUUUGAUAGUAUGUUAGAUGUCCCAGAAGAAUAUGAAUAUGUGGAGUACAAAGACCCUUAUAGCAAAUCGGCAGAUGUUCAAAGCCCAGUGCUUGAUACAACAUCCCAGCAUUUCUUAAAAAUGGCUGGAGACAAGGAUACCAGGACUUAUUUCAUCUCAGUUGAAGAGGAAGAAUGGGAUUAUGCUGGUUAUGGGCAGAGGAGACUUGAUAAAACAUCUCAAAAUGAGAGGCCCACAGCUUUCAAAAAAGUGGUGUUCAGAAAGUACCUGGACAGCACCUUUAGUAUCCGAGACAUCCGAGGGGAAAUGGAUGAACACCUGGGAAUUCUGGGUCCAGUUAUUAAAGCUGAAGUUGAUCAGACUGUUCUGGUAUUUUUCAGGAACCGCGCCAGCCGUCCAUACUCUUUGCAUGCAAAUGGAGUAAAAUACUUAAAACAAAUGGAAGGCCUGAGUUAUGAAGACCAAUCACCAUACUGGUACAAACAGGAUGAUGCCAUUCAACCCAACAGCACCUUUAUCUACAUGUGGACUAUAAAUUCCAAAUCUGGACCUCAAAAUAAUGAAUCUGACUGUCGAACAUGGACCUACUACUCUGCAGUGAAUCCUGAGAAAGAUAUAAACUCUGGACUGAUUGGGCCACUUCUGGUGUGCAGGAAGGGCACACUGGCUAAAAAUCCUGUGGACAGAAGAGAAUUUGUCCUGCUUUUUAUGACUUUUGAUGAGAAUAAGAGCUGGUACUAUGAGGAGAAUAAGGAAAGAAUUGAAAGGAAAAACAGAAGAGCAAUCAUGGAUCCAAAAUUUCAUGAUAACUUAAAGUUUGACGCUAUCAAUGGUAUUAUCUACAGUCUCAAAGGACUUAGAAUGUACACAAGUCAGCUAGCAAAGUGGCAUCUGAUCAACAUGGGCUCUCCUAAAGACCUCCACAGUGUCCAUUUCCAUGGUCAAACAUUCAUAAAUAAGGAAUUAAAGGACCACCGUCAGGGUGUUUACCCACUUUUACCAGGAGGAUUUGCCACAUUGGAAAUGUUGCCUUCAAAGCCUGGUCUCUGGCAGCUGGAGUCUGAAGUUGGACUUUCACAGCAGAGAGGAAUGCAGACACUAUUCCUCGUGUUAGAUAAAGUCUGUGAUCACCCUCUUGGUCUCAUGUCUGGAACUGUGCUAGAUGAACACAUAACAGCAUCUGACUCUAGAGGACAAUGGUAUCCUCAUUUGGCCAGACUGCAUAAUACAGGGAAAUACAAUGCAUGGAGCACAGCAAAGACAGGGCAGUAUAUUCAGGUGGACUUCCAGAGGCCAGUAGUGAUUAGUAAAGUUGCCACACAGGGAGCCAGGCAGUACUUAAAACAUAAUUUUGUGCUGAACUACACCAUUUCCUAUAGCACCGACAAAAAGAAGUGGAUCUUCUACAAGGGAGACAGUGAUACUGUCAGAAAGACUUUUGAAGGGAACAAUGAAGCUUAUGAUACGAAGCAUAAUAUAUUUUUCCCACCUCUGAUUGGUCGAUACGUGAGGCUACAUCCUUCACAUUCUUACAACUACCCAACUGUCCGUUUGGAGUAUUUUGGUUGUGAGCUUGAUGGUUGCUCUGUGCCAUUGGGAAUGGAAAAUGGCUUAAUUAAAGAUACUCAAAUCACUGCCAGUUCUGUGGCCUCCAGUUGGUACACUGGACAGUGGCAUCCUUGGUAUGCACGCUUAAAUAUGCAAGGGACCACCAAUGCAUGGAAAGCUAAGGACAAUGACAUUCAGCCAUGGAUCCAAGUGGAACUCAAGGAAAUAAAGAAAAUAACUGGGAUAAUAACACAGGGGGCCAAAUCGUUAGGCAGUGAGAUGUUUGUGAAAGCAUAUACUCUGGAGUACAGUGAAGAUGGCAAAAGAUGGACAAAGUACACGGAUGAUGAGGAUUAUGAACAAAAGACUUUUCAAGGCAACACAGAUAACAAUGGCCAAGUAAAGAACUACAUCUAUCCACCAAUAUUUUCCAGAUUCAUCCGAAUUAUUCCAAAACGAUGGCAGAAAUCCAUUACUAUGAGGAUUGAGCUGCUUGGUUGUGAUUUUGAAUAAACAUUGUGCUAUCUUUCACUAAUAUGACAACAUAUGUUUUUUGUUUUGUUUUGUUUUUUUUAAAUAAAUAUGUUGUGUGUUAGAGGAAUUAAAUGUGUUAUGCUAAAA